AUGUCCGUGUUCACCAAGGAGGCCUUCCAGAUGUCGGCGAUGCCGACCCCCGCUUCGUCGGCGCCUACGUCCAACGCGCCUUCGCGCCGCGGCUCGUUUGCGCACUCCGCCACGCCGCACAUUGUCGAGAUCAACGUCGAGUCGGUCCUCUUCGACAUGGACGGCACGCUCAUCAACUCGUCCCCCGCCGUCGUCAAGGCCUGGGAGCUCAUGGCCGAGUCGUACCCCCUCGACCUCGAGGACAUCCUCCACUCGGCCCACGGCAUGCGCACCAUCGACGCCCUCCGCAAGUGGUGCAACAUCCCCGAGGACAAGCUGCCCGCCGAGGUCGUCCGCUUCGAGACCGCCAUCCUCACCAACGCCGAGGAGAUUGGCGCCCGCACCGGCAAGUCGGGCAUCGAGGUCCUCCCCGGCGUUGAGCGCCUCCUCAACGACCUCUCGGCCGCCAACGACCAGCGCAACGGCGAGGAGAAGUGGGCCAUCUGUACCUCGUCCACCUACUUCUACGCCGGCAAGGCCAUCCCCAUCGCCGGCCUGACCACCCCCAAGGUGUUUGUCACCGCCGACGACGUCAAGCGCGGCAAGCCCUUCCCCGACCCGUACCUCCUCGGCGCGGAGGGCUGCAACGCCUCGCCGUUCGAGUCGCUCGUUGUCGAGGACGCACCCACCGGUAUCCGCGCAGGCAAGGCUGCCGGCUGCCGCGUGCUCGCGACGUGCACUAGCCACUCGGCCGCCGACCUCGAGAAGGAGCGCCCCGACUUCCUCGUCGAGGACCUCUCGCACGUCAAGGCGAGCUGGGACGCCGCGAGUCAGACCUUCAAGCUGGUGAUUGAGCAGCCUGUUGGCCGCCAGGAGCCCCGCGCGACGCCCGACUCGACCCCGCUCGUCACCCCCGCCGGCUCGCGCGCCGCCUCGUUCUCGGGCGACCGCCAGCACAUCGCCGCCGGCAUCAAGCCCACCGGCGAGCUUACGGGCAACGACAGCGUCGUCGGCAGCCCGGUCCCUUCGCGCCCUGGAUCCCCCCACCCCAACGACAAGGAGCGCACCGCGUCCCAGGGCGCCGCGGCCAGCGUCACCCUCGACGCGUUCAAGCGCGCGCUGGCGGGCAACGCCCUCCGCAACGGCGAGCUGUCUGCCGCCGAGUAG